CGGGACGCCUUCCUCCUCCUCCUCCUCCUCCUCCUCCUCCUCCUCCUUUUCCUCCUCCUCUUCCCCCUCCUCUUCUCUCGGCGGAUAACGGUGUCCCAAGAAGUUGUUCAGGACCGACGCAGACAAUAGUACCGAGGCUUGUCUAACCAGCUUUGAUACUCGUCCAUCACCGCUACUUAAUGCUUCCCGCGCCCGUGUUUGUAUCGCACGAAGAGGAAAACGCUCGGGUGAAAUCACACCAUGGAGGAUUUGGGAGUGCCUGAGCCACCUAACUACCCUCUCAGUCCUCGUAUUGUUGUGUUUGAUGCCCUUCUCGCUGAUCUGGAGAACACCGGCUCCCCUCUAGCUCGGUGUCCUGUCUUACUCACCUCUGACCCUCCCCAAGACAAAGACCCGACCGUGCAGGACCCCACCCAGGCCCGGCCACCCCCACCCGCCUACACCCCGCAGCAGACUGUUUCUGCAGCGAUGAAGUCCUCCCAGAACUCCAACCCAGACAAAUUAUACAGUACGGUGUGUAAACCGCGCUCUCCCCGCGCGGCCGAUCCUCCUCCGGCCUUCUCCUCGUCCUCGCUGCUGGGAGGAGGCCUGAGCGAACUAGACCAUCUGCUGCAGGAGCUCAACGCCACCCAGUUCAACAUCACAGAUGAGAUCCUGGCCCAGUUCCCUUCUUCUAAGAAAGAUGAGAGGGACAAGAUUAAGGAUAAGGCCACGACCUCCUCCUCCAGCUCCGCAAAGCCUUCAGCAACAUCAGCCACACUGGAACUGGACAAACUGAUGGCUUCGCUGUCCGACUUCAGAGUCCAGAGCACACCAGCUGCACCUGUCACUCCAGUGGUGACGGCACCGCAACAGCCCGCCGCCGCCCCACCGCAACCCUCAUCCGGUGGCUCGUUGGACAGCAUGCUGGGGCUGCUUCAGUCGGACCUGAGCCGACAAGGAGUUCAAACGUCCUCCAAGGGAAACUGUUCAGCCUGUCAGAAGCCAGUAGUAGGACAGGUGGUGACGGCUCUGGGGAAGGUGUGGCACCCGGAGCACUUUGUGUGCACUGAGUGUGAGACGGAGUUGGGCAGUCGCAACUUCUUUGAGAAGGACGGACGACCGUACUGCGAGUCGGACUACUUCACCCUCUUCUCCCCUCACUGUGCACACUGCAACAAGCCCAUACUAAAUAAAAUGGUCACCGCUCUGGACAAGAACUGGCACCCGGAGUGUUUCUGCUGUGUUAAGUGCAGCCGGGCGUUUGGAGAGGAAGGUUUCCAUGACCGUGAAGGCCAGCAGUACUGCCAGCAGUGCUUCUUGACUCUGUUCGCUUCCCGCUGUCAAGGCUGCAGCCAGCCCAUUCUGGAAAACUACAUCUCAGCUCUCAACUCUCUCUGGCACCCGCAGUGCUUCGUAUGUAGGGAGUGCUACAGCCCCUUUGUCAACGGCAGCUUCUUUGAACACGAGGGCAAGCCGCUGUGUGAGGCCCACUACCACCAGUCCCGCGGCAGUGUGUGCCAGGCCUGCCAGCAACCGAUCCUGGGCCGCUGCGUCACUGCCAUGGGGGCCAAAUUCCACCCCCACCACCUCGUGUGCCACUUCUGCCUGAAGCCCCUGAGCAAAGGCUGCUUCAAGGAGCAGGAGAACAAACCCUACUGCCACCCCUGCUUCAUCAAACUCUUUGGUUGAGGAAGCAGCAGGACUUUGCCCCCCCCCACACACACCUCCCCCCAUCCUCUUUGUCAUAGAAGCUGUAUGACUCUGAGUUCUCAGUUUAUGUUUUUUUUUACUGUGGGAAUGAGGGUGGAGCUGGUCUCUUUCUUGGUUUUAAGAAUAUUUGAGUUAAUAGAGGGAUGGAUUAAAAAAAAGGAGAGAACCAUCCUGCCCAACUCAUUUCUGUUUAUAUGACAAAAAAGUGGACUGCAUUUAGACUGACAGUAUGAAAUAUAACUCUAGUAUUGGUUAGACAGACACAAAGUGAUGCCAAAUGAUUUUGUCAUGUAUGUAAGUCUUUUGCAUACUGUAUUGAUUCAAAUUGAAUACUGAAAAUUGAAUUCUUUUGCCAAAGGUAGAAAAGAAACAAUAUAAUGAGAACAAAUGUAUUGUUUCACUGAAGGACUUGUGCUGUUGUGCAAGCAAAUCCCCUCUAAUAUAUUUGCUUUAUAUUGCACAUAUGUGUCACUGCAAUUGCUUUUAUACAUUGUAUGCUGACUGCUAUAUAUGUUUUUGUGUAACAAACUAAGCUGUCAUAUGUUUAAAGUCAUUAUUCUUUCACUGUUGCUCUAUGCAAUUUGCCAAAACAAUCCAAAGAAUAAAAUGAAGGAGAACACAA